CACAGCCUUGGCCUCUCCCCACAGUCUGCGGCCGGCCCUCUACAUGGGAGGCUGCUCUGGGUUCCUCCUCCCAGCAUGUCUGCCCUUCUGCUGCGUGCCCUGUUCUUUAUGCCACAUGUGACAGGACCGUUUGUCAUAGCAGCGGUGUCAUGAAACACAAGAGUGUGGGCCUGAGAAUCUGGGUUGAGUCAGGUUCCUGUUGGAGACCUGCAUGUGUGCAGCCUGCUCUGAGCGCUCGGGACACGCUAAACAGAGGCAACAGGGGCCACCCCUGGGCAGCUUCCCCACUGCCGAGGGGGAUGGGAGUAAGGAGGAAGUCCAAAGCCAAGCCCAAUGGCAAGAAGCCCGCUGCGGAGGAGAGGAAGGCCUACCUGGAGCCUGAGCACACCAAGGCCAGGAUCACCGACUUCCAGUUCAAGGAGCUGGUGGUGCUGCCCCGCGAGAUUGACCUUAACGAGUGGCUGGCCAGCAACACCACGACAUUUUUCCACCACAUCAACCUGCAGUAUAGCACCAUCUCGGAGUUCUGUACAGGAGAGACGUGUCAGACGAUGGCCGUGUGCAACACACAGUACUACUGGUAUGAUGAGCGGGGGAAGAAGGUCAAGUGCACGGCCCCGCAGUACGUUGACUUCGUCAUGAGCUCCGUGCAGAAGCUGGUGACGGAUGAGGACGUGUUCCCCACAAAAUACGGCAGAGAAUUCCCCAGCUCCUUUGAGUCCCUGGUGAGGAAGAUCUGCAGACACCUGUUCCACGUGCUGGCGCACAUCUACUGGGCCCACUUCAAGGAGACGCUGGCCCUGGAGCUGCACGGACACUUGAACACUCUCUACGUCCACUUCAUCCUCUUUGCUCGGGAGUUCAACCUGCUGGACCCCAAAGAGACCGCCAUCAUGGACGACCUCACCGAGGUGCUAUGCAGCGGGGCCGGCGGGGUCCACAGUGGGGGCAGUGGGGAUGGGGCCGGCAGCGGGGGCCCGGGAGCACAGAACCACGUGAAGGAGAGAUGAGCCACCCGGGCUGGACAGGGGCGCACGUGUGCAAAAAGACGGUGGUGUGUGUCCUCUCCUGCAUCUGCGUGUGCACACAUGUGCUUGGCACGCGUGUGGUGAGGUCUGAGAGGGCCCCGGGCUGCGCUGGUGUGGGCUGCACAGACGCAGACAGCCCCGGCCAUGUCCUGCGGCCCCUGUCGGAUGGAUGCGUGCCGUUUGUAGAGAAGAGCCUUUGGGCCCAUUCGCUCGUUCAGCAGACACGCAUGGGACUGAUGCUUUGAGUUUUCUUCUGUGGGGUUUUCCUUUCUCUGGUCUCCGUGCAGCCCCUGCCCUCCCUCGGGUGCUGCUGGCCUCAAAGGAGGAACUUGGUGGGGGCGUCUCCCCCGGAGGGGUGAUUUGCAGACUUGGGUCUCUGCUCUGCUUUGGGGGUGGGGCUUGCUUUCACAGAGACCCUCCUUCCCUCUCACCCCCUCCUCUCCUGGCCUUGCCAGGAGUCUUGGCUGUUGGCAGCUCAGAGGUGGGGGAGGCCUGUGGUGCAGAGUGCCCUGCACCUGCUCCUGUCGCCCCUUCCUGCUGCCUCCUCCAUGCCCAAGGAACGCCCAUGGUGCAGUCCUCAGGCAAGGCCAGGACGGGGCUGAAGCCCUGCGUGGAGAUGCUGCACCAGCAGAAGGCUGAGACCCGCUUACCUUAGUUCAUCUGUUCACUCGUAAUAAAAAGAAUUCUCUCAGGUCAGA